AUGUCAGCAAUAAUCCUCUACUGUAUCUUUUCUCUGCAUGACACAGCUUAUCUUGAGAUAUUUUCACUCUGGACUGUGAGCAGUAAAAAAUUUCGGGGCCUUAGUUUGACAUCCCAGGAUGUUGGUACAGUGCUAGCCUUCUCAGGUUUUGGUGUACUCGUAUACCAACUUGCUAUUUAUCCUUUCCUUGCAAAGUAUUUUGGACCAAUGAAGACAUUUCGGCCUGCGGCGAUCCUGUCGAUCAUUCUCCUCAUUACGUAUCCCUUCAUGGCCAAUCUACAUGGCCUGGAGCUCAAAAUACUAAUCAACAUGGCAUCAGUUUUGAAGAACAUGUUUGCUGCUACUAUUACUAUUGCGUGCAACAUUCUACAGAACACUGCAGUGGUUCUCAUGGGCUCAGAAGCACAUAAGCGGACUGUUCUUACCAGGAGAUCAGAUCUUGUUCCUAAUGCUAAACAUGGUGUCCGUGAUUGGUCUGGUGCUGACGUUCAAGCCAUUUUUCUCCCUACCAUAUUCAAUGAGGCAUUCAUAACUCUGGGGCACGGCGGCGGGCAUCGUCCAUCGAGGGAGCGGAUCGGAGGCAUGGACCAGGAACAACCAGCAGCUGGCGACGCGGCGAACCGAGGCCACCGCAACGACUUCGUCACGGCGGUGGCCGGCGCGCGUUCUGAGGAUCAGCUGCCACGACAAGGGUCUGGGAACUCCGGGCCCCGCAGCAGCAGGGUGCGCACCGGAGCCACCACGGCGUCGGUGGCUGCCGCGCCCGCGCGCGUCCGCGUCCGCCAACAUGAAGGGGCGGGACAAGCGGCCAGCAGGUCCCUCUUUGAGGGCUUCAGCGACGACGAGGAUGUGAAGGCGAGGGACAUGCGCGAGUUCGACUACUAUAUCAAAAUGCAGCUGCAGCAGCAGCAGACGCAGCAGCUUCUUACUCGUCUCCAGCAGCAUCCCUCUCCCUCCUCGACGGAGGGCGGCGGCAGCGAGGUGGCGCCGGCGCGGGCAUCUCUGGAUGAGGAGGGUGGCGGCAGCGAGGUGGCGCCGGCGCGGGCAUCUCUGGAUGAGGAGGGCGGCGGCAGCGAGGUGGCGCCGGCGCGGGCAUCUCUGGAUGAGGAGGGCGGCGGCAGCGAGGUGGUGCCGGCGCGGGCAUCUCUGGAUCUUGAGCUCAGACUGUGA